AUGGAGAGGCGGAGGGAGGAGAUGGAGAGGCGGAGGGACGAGAUGGAGAGGCGGAGGGAGGAGAUGGAGAGGCGGAGGGACGAGAUGGAGGGGCGGAGGGAGGAGAUGGAGAGGUGGAGGGAUUGUACAUCUAUUCCAGGCAUCCAGUCACCGGACCAGAUGGCCCUCCUAGCAGAACACGAUCACAAUUACCCCGUCAUAGUUGAAGGUCCAUUUCCUUUAUGGCUGAAGAAGAUAUGUGUGAAUUAUUACGUCUUGCGUGCUGAGCCUAACGCCAAUAAACUGAAGAAAACAUUGGACCCUGAGAGGAGUUUAUAUUACCCCAUUCACUUGGACCUGGAUCUGGAGCGAGAUCUCGGUGACGAUUACACCUUCGAUGUGGAUGAAGUGGAGGAAGGCUCAGUCUACGGUAUGUGCAUGGCGGGAGAUGAAAAGUUGCUGACCAGCUGGAUUCAGGGGCUGCAAGAGACGAAUCCCAUCCUCGGGGAGGUGCCCGUCCUUUUCCGGCUGACCACCGGCCCGCAGCAGGAGCGUCUGCCAGUGAAACAAAAGGACAGUUCAUCCGUGGAGAGCGAUGAGGACAGCACGCAGGAGGAGAGGCUCAGAAUGGAGCAGUAAGACAUCUCUA